AUGGAAGCCUCUUCAUCCCACCCCGCCGGCGGAUCACCCAGAUACAUUGACGAAGGCUACCUGGAGCUUACCGAAGUCAUCGGCACUGGCGCGUACGGAUGUGUCUGGUUAGCCGUGGACGGGCGGUACCCCCACCUGCCAUGGCGGGCUGUCAAGGCGUUGAGGCGGCAUGGGCUGGACGCGAGGCAAAGGCAGUUUCAGCGUCGAGAGAUCACGCUGCAUCACCUCGCCUCAAAUCACAGCAGUAUCAUCACGAUGGAUAGGAUAGUGGAGGAAGGGGAUCACAUCUACGUCGUGAUGGACUAUGGGGAGGAUGGAGAUUUGUUCGCCAUGAUAUGUGAUCGUCAACGCUAUGUCGGCGAUGAUGAACUCAUCCGCUCGGUAUUCCUCCAAUUACUCGACGGUAUCGCACACAUCCACUCCCUCGGUAUCGCUCACCGGGAUAUCAAACCCGAGAACAUCGUCUGCUCGGACGACGGGCUCCGUGUACGGAUAUGCGACUUUGGCCUUGCCACCUCGGAAUCCCAAUCCUCGGAAUUCGGCUGCGGCUCCACCUUCUACAUCGCUCCAGAAUGCCUCGGGGAAUCCUACCCCGCUCGCACAUCCUACCCUACCAAAGCCGGCGACGUCUGGUCACUCGGUAUCAUCCUCGUCAACCUCGUCUGCGGUCGUAAUCCCUGGCGGAUCGCAUCUCCCUCCGACGACUCCUUCAGUGCCUUUUGCAAGGACACCACCUUCCUCCGCCGCAUCCUCCCUAUAUCCAGCGAGUGCCUCGAGGUCCUCGAGGGCAUCUUUGCCACGGACCCCGCCGAGCGCGUCAGUCUCAACGUGCUCCGCAAGCAGAUCCUCCGCAUCAAGAGCUUCAGCAUGACGGAGGCCGAGGUGCGCCAGGCCCACGCUGCUGCGCAUGCCCAGCAGGCCAAGGCCAAGCAGGCGGGUCUCACCGUCGAGGCGGUUGAGGAGGAGGAGGAGGAGGAGGAGGAGGAGGAGGAGGAAGAGUUUGAGGAUGCGGAUCUCGAGGAGAAGCUGCCUUCACUACGCGCCGACUCUGGAUCGCCCUCCCCCGCCGCCCUCCAAUCUCGCUCGUCCUCGGCAAUGAGCGCCUCCCUUCCCCCUACCCCACUCCUCGCUGCCAAUCCUGGCCUCCCCACACAGCUCGAGCCUCACUCCAAGGCUUGGGCGGACCUCUUCCACCAACCACCCUCUGCCCUCCGCAUACAAGACCCCGCGUACCUCUCCCCCGAACCCAUAGCCGCUGGCGGUCCUAAUCCCUUCUUCCGGUGA